AUGAUGGCACUCCUCAAUACAACCCCUGCAGCAACCCAGAACAUGUCCUUCGGCGCGGACAACUUCUACCGCAGCCCUAACGUGACAGUUCAGCCCAUCAACUUCCCCACGCAGAACCAGAUGAGCAUCGCAGGCAACAUCUUCGUCCCCAGAACCCUAAACCACACCAACAGCACCAACACCCCCGCCAUCGUCGUCGGCCACCCCAUGGGCGCCGUGAAGGAGCAGAGCGCAAACCUCUACGCCACCAAACUCGCCGAGCAGGGCUUCAUCACCGUCUCGCUAGACCUCCCCUUCUACGGCGGCAGCUCCGGCGUGCCUCUCAACGCAGUGUCUCCAGACCUCUACGCCGAGGCCUUCAGCGCCGCAGUCGACUAUCUCGGCACACAGCGCAACGUCCACCACGAACGCAUCGGCGCGCUAGGAAUCUGCGGCAGCGGCUCGUUCGUCAUCAGCGCCGCAAAGAUCGAUCCACGUAUAAAGGCCAUUGCGACAUCAAGCAUGUACGACAUGGGCGCCGCAAACCGCAACGGCCUACGCCAUUCCCAGAGCAUAGACCAGCGUAAGGAACUCAUUGCCGCAGCCGUACAGCAGCGCUGGGUCGAGGCCGCCGGGGGCGAGACGGAGUACUCCCCCGGAACCCCGAUUAAUCUCACAUCCGAUUCGACGGCGGUGGAUCGCGAGUUCUACGACUUCUACCGCACGAGGCGUGGGGCUUUCACGCCUGAAGGAUCGACGCCGAAUCUUACGACUUCGCGGUCGACGACGAGUAAUGUGCGCUUCAUGAACUUUUACCCGUUUAAUGAUAUCGAGACGAUCUCGCCAAGGCCGUUAUUGUUUAUCUCGGGGGACCAGGCGCAUUCGCGUGAGUUUAGUGAGGAUGCGUAUGCGCGUGCGGAGGAGCCGAAGGAGCUGUAUUGGGUGCCUGGAGCAGGUCAUGUUGAUUUGUAUGACCGUGUGGAGCUUAUUCCGUUUGAUAGGCUUACCCAGUUCUUUCAGGAGAACCUUUGA